GCAUUCGGAAAAAUUAUUAUACUAUUCCCAUGCAAUCCCGCAUUGCGAAUAUAUAAAAAUACAUGACUAUAUAUUUCUUGCUCGUAUUGUUAUACAAUAAUCAGAUAAGUAAAUUGUGACGCGUUAUAAAUUUUGCGGAAAAGAUUAAAUAAAUUAAAUUUAACGCGCGGCUUUUAAGUGUCUAACUCUUUUUUCGGUUUGUUUAGAAGCGCAAAUAUAUAUAACGUUUCUCAGACUAUUUGAAAAGAAUGAAAGUGAAAACGACCGUGAAAUCGAUCUAAAAAUACUUCGCUUAGUGGAAAGUGUAUAUAUAUAUGUGUAUAUAUAUUUAUUUUUGUGAGGGUGUCGAAUGCCGCAUUAAAAAGUGAAAAUUUUUUUUUAGGUUAUAUUUAACCUAUUGGUUUUUGUGUCUGUUAUUUUUUUUUUUGAGAGGAUUUUUCAAUGUUAAAUGUGUGCGCUUUUAGUGGGAGAAAUUCUGCUCUACCUUUCAGAAAAAACGGAGCGUCUUUAGAGUGAUAUUUUACCUCCCUCGCAAGUUUAAUGGAAUUUAUAAUUUUUGUAAUAGAAAGAAAAGAAUGAAAAAGUGAAUUUUAUUUCAUUUAAUGAAAUAAUAUGAGUGCCUAAUAAAAUAUAAAAACAAAAAACAAAAAAAAACUGAAAAAUGUCUUCAGCGGAAAUUGAUGAACUUUUAUCAGGACCACUAGUGACAUGGUUCAUUAGUUGUCUCGAUGAUUCAAAUUCACUGACAAAUUAUGAAGAUUUAGUUGAUGGUGUUUUACUUCACAGUGUUUUUCUACAAAUAGAUCCAGAACCAUUACACGAUGGAGUUAUUCCAUCAUUGGGAAAUAAUUCAAAAAGAAUAAAAAAUUUGGAAAUUAUUGUUGGCAAUAUGAAGCAAUUUUAUGAAGAAGAACUUGGACAUCUUCUUCUUCGAUUACCAGACACGUUAAAUUUGGGAAAAGAGCCAGAAUCAUAUAUUGGCGAUAUGAAAUUAUUUCUUCUUUUGUUGCUUGGCUGCGCGGUUCAAUGUCCGAAUAAAGAAAAAUUCAUUACUAAAAUAAAAGCACUCGAUGUCGACACGCAACUCGCAAUUGUUGAAUGUAUCAAGCAGGUAACUGAUUAUCAGGAUAUUGUAAUCACACAGGAUUCAAUGGAAAACGUAAAUAUGGGAAAUGUUUUUCUGGAAAUUAAGAAAUUGAUUCAGGAGAGAAAUCUUUAUCGUGAGAAAUGGAGAAAUGUCUCGGUUAAUGAAAUUGGUGAACAGAAUGAUUCAACGAUAAGCACAGAGGGUGAAGAUUUAAAUAAAUCACAACAAUCCAAUUCAACAUCAAAAUCAGAAAGGGAGGAAAAUCAUCAUUACGCUGUGGAAUUGGCAGAUUGGAAAUCUAAAGUUCGAAAACAACGACAAGAAUUGGAGGAGAAAACGGAAGCUUUACUCGAAUGUAAGGAAGAAUUGGAACACAAUAAAAUGUUACUUUCGAAAUUCAAACAGGAGAAUCAAGAACUAGUCCUCGAAGCAAGAACGGCAAAAUCUUAUCGAGAUGAGCUUGAUGCAGUAAUUGAGAGAGCAGAAAGAGCAGAUCGUUUAGAAAUGGAAGUUGCACGAUAUCGUGAAAAAUUGACGGAUAUCGAAUUUUAUAAAACCCGAAUCGAGGAACUUCGCGAUGAUAAUAAAAUAUUAAUGGAAACCCGAGAAAUGUUUGAGGAACAAUUAAAUUCGUCGAGAAAACGAGCUGAUAAAGUUCUGGAGCUUGAAGCUGAGAUUAUAAAAUGCAAACAGCUCAUCAACGAUAUGGCAUUGGAACGCGCGGCUGAUAAAGAAAAAUAUCAGGAACUUUACGAGGAAAACACUCAUUUGAAACGAUUAACAAAAGCUGCAAACGAUGCAACUAUGACUGAAUCUGUCAGUGAUUCCGAAGAGCCAGUAAUAAACGAUAAUCCACUAUCGGAACAAUUGACAUCUAAUGCUCAGACACGUGCCUUAAAAUUGGAAUUAGAAAAUCGACGCCUAUUAACUGUGAUUGAAUCAUUAAAAGAAAAUUCUUUUCACGAAAGUUCAUCACGUGUUUUAGAAUUGGAAAAAGAGAAGAAAAAACUUUCAUUAAAAGUUGAAUCGCUCACUGAUAAUUGUGAACGAAUAACACAACAAAAUUCAGAUUUAGAACUUGUUUGUAAGCAAGCGCUUGAAGAGAAUAAAAAAUUGCAAUCGUCAUUGAAAAAUCAAAAAAUCUCCUUUGAAAAGCAACAGCAAGAUUUACAGGGACAACAUACAAAAUUAAUUGAUAUGGAGAAAAAUUAUGAGACUGCGGCAAAUGAGAAAAAAAGAAUUCAAUCACUAUUGGAAAGUGUACAAAGACGAGCCGAUGAUAUUGAACGUUCAUUGGAAAGUGCAAAUCAAAAAUUAGAACAAUUUCGCGAAAUUGAAAGUCAAUCGCAAAAAAUUCAUACAAAAUGUCUUGAAUUAGAGGGAAAAGUUUGUGGAUUAGAAAAAGAGAGAGAUACGGCGCAACGGGAUGUUCACAAAUGUCGAGAGGCUCUUGAAGAAAAAGACGUGGCACUUGAUCAGGCAACAAAUACGAUAGAAGUUUUGGAAGGAAAAGUAACGCAACUUGAGCAAGAAAUUGAUAAUUCAACUUCUCAAAUUUUACGAUUACAGGAAAUUGAAAGAUCGAGCAAAGAAUUGGAUUCAAGGGCAGCGAUUGAUCGUGAAACUUUGGAAACAUUACAAUCGAAUUUGGUUGCAGAAAAAUUGAAUACACAACAAUUGUAUACAAUUUUGGAAAAAUUGGGACUCGAGGGCGAAGCAUUGUUAUCACUUCCGCUCGAUUGUAUUGUUGAAAGAAUUGCCGAAAUACCAGAGGUUAUUAAUCGCAUUAGAAAAGCAAUUUCAGAAGAGAUUUCUGAAAAGGAAAAAGUGAAAAUUGAAGGUGUUACCAUUGUAAAAGAAGAUGAGGUGAAAAGUUCAACAUUACAGGAGGAAUUGAGAAUUUUACAGAAGGAACAAGAAAAUCUUCAAACAAAAUUAGUCACGAGUCAAGCGACAUCGGAAAAUCUUUUGGCCGAGAAUGCAAAAUUACAGGUUUAUGUAACAACACUGGAAUCUCAAAGUACAUCGUUGACAACUCAACACACUGCAUUGCAAUUAGCGAAUUCCCAAUUGGUCGCAGAAAAAGAAGAGCUUUUGAAAGAGCGAGGAGUUCAACAAAGAACACACACUCGAUUAGUUCACGAUCAAGUGACAUUGCAAUCGCUUCACGAACAAUUAAGCAACGAAUACGAGAAUCUUCUACAGGAACGAGAAACAUUAAAGGGAAAUUUGAGGGAUGUUAAAAAUGAAUCUCGAAUAUUGCGCGAAACAUGCGAGAGACUCGAGGGAAAAACCAAAGCCUUACAAGCCGAACGUGACACAUUAGUGACAAAUGCCAAGAGUUUAAAUAAUUUAAGGGUCGAGCAUUCAAAAUUAAAGGAGGACUUUAGAAUUCUUUACACUAAUGUCGAGCAAUUGAAAAUGGAAUACAAAAGUCGACACGAGGAUUAUUUGAAGAAUAAAACUGAGGCUCACACUUUAAAUAAGAAAUUAAUGGAAAUACAAUCCGAAUUGAGUACAAAAGACGAAAGAUGUUCGAAUUUGGAAUUGCAAAACAGUAAAUUAAAUCAACGAUGUGAGGCAUUAUUGCAAAUAAAUUCUGGCAUCGAUAACGAUCGACGAACACUAAUGGAACACGCGAGCGCUCUUUUAAAUCAAUAUCAAGAUCUUUUUAUGCACACACUAGAGGAUAAGGAGCAUUUUUACGCGGAGGAGAAAAGUUUUGCAGACAAAUUAAAUCACAUGAAUAGACAAAAAGUGAAACUUGAAGAGAAAAUAAUGGAACACUAUCGAAAUAUGGGCAGUUGUUCAACGAAAAAAAAAGGAUUUGGCGCCAGUUUAGUGCGAAGAGUGAGAAAAGCAAGUUCCGAUUUACUUAACAAGAAUCGUCGGUCAUGGGCGGAGGAUUCUAAACAACCGGAAGGAAAACCCUGCGAAUCUGAAUCCGGAGGUAAUGAUUCUGACGCGAGCGCUGACGAUCAACGAUUAACAGGAACGAGAGAAUCUGAUCUUAACAGUGAUCCUUUAUCAUUAGGACAUCCAGGAACUCGAAGGACUGUUUAUUACACUGAUGACACACCACCAACUGCUCCAUUAAUGACGGAGAAAAGAAUCGAUGAUUCACGUGAUGAAAUUCGUGUCAAUGAUAGUGAACAAAAUUCACGUGUUGAAACGCCAAAUGAAUCGAGACCAUUUCUUAUUUAUAAUCGAGUCUCAGCGGUGAUUAAUGAUUCUAGUAAUAUCAAUAAUUCUGGACAAAAUUCAACGCAAGAAGAAAGUUUAGUUGAUUCGCCGCCAAGAAAGGAUAAAGCAAGUCCUGUUUGGUACGAAUAUGGAUGCGUUUAGAAUUAUUUUUACCCAUUAUUUUUUAUUUUUGCAUAUAUUCACAGAGACAAACAACUAAGGCUUCCAGAUUUUAAUAUUUUUUUUUUUCAUCAGGUUUUACGUGUCAGUCAUUUAUUUAUAUAUAGUUUCAUCGUCAAUCGCUAUUUAUAUAUGUAUAAUUAUUACUGUACAUUCCAGUAUUUAGGGUUUUUUUUAUAUCAUUUUUUAAUCCGCACCAUUUAUUUUAAUUUUCUCAAUUUUUAAAUUGUCCAGGCUUCAUAGUCGUCCCCUAUUUUCCCUAAAAGUCCCCUUUUUCUCUAUUUGUCCCUAAAAGUACCCUAUUUGAAAAAUUUCGCCUAUUUAACAUAAAAAAUUAGUACAAAGCUUUGAUUUUUAUGAGAAUGCUUUUUAAAAAUAUUUAUUUUUUACCCAAAAUUUAAUGAAUAAUUCAAUUAUUUGAUUGAUUUUGUAUUAAAAUGUUUUAUAAAAUUUGAUAAAUACCAAAAAUUUUUGAUGUAGAGAAUUAUUUAACUACAUUUCGAUUAAAAUCGUUGUGAACUAAUUUUUAAAAAAAUUUUACAAAUUAUUUUGUAAGAUAUUUGGUGUAGAUUUUUAAUUAAAAAUAGAAAUUUAUAUAUUUUUCUGAAACUUUUGAUUCAGGAAAUGGAUUAAAUUUAAUAAAACAAUUUUUUAUAUCAAAUAUUUUUAACUUGUUAACUAAAAAUUAAUUUUAAAAUCAAAAUUCAAUUAACAAAUAGAUUCACUAAUUUGUGAAUGAAAAAUUAUAAAAUAUGUUUUCUCAAAAC